CGCACAAUGCAGCGGCCAUCGGGAGAAGGCCCAGCAGGGGCAGUGCUCUGGCCAUGGUGAAUGUGGCGGAGGGUGGAUCUGGUUCAGGGCGGAACGCAGGGAGAGCCUGGAAAGCUUGGGAUGUAAGGCCCUGAGAUUCACGCUGGCCUGCACUUGAGAGCGCUCGGAUGCAGUCGACGGGAGCUGUGAGGUUGGACGCCGAGAGACGAAGUUGUUAUACAUCUGCAGCCAUGGUGCGUGUCGACCGCGGACGCACGCGAUCCUGCACGGCACGGAACCCAGGACAUCCGACCUCGGAUUGGUUGUUGUCUGCAUGAAUGGGUGUGAAUAACCUCCGUUUAGCGCGUUUCAUGGCCGUCUUGCCAGGGGACUUUGUCAUCUUGCGUGUUAUCCAGAAGGUGCUGUGAACUGAGAUUGCCUUGCGACCUGCUCCCUAACGCAACAGCGGCUUGCAGCGGUCCAGAUAAGUUGCUGCGAUGAAGCGAAUGUCUGCGGGUUCUGGAUUCAUGCUUAGUUGCGGGAUUCCGGACAGAGCGGAGAGUCGCUGAGAUCGUUAUUCCUUGUGCGGACUCAACUCGCUCUUCGCGAGGGCGUCGGAGACCUUUCUGGAGUGUCCCAGUGGAUGGCGCGCCAGGUGGCGAACGCCAUUUGGACGCCGUGAGGGAUCUUCGCUCCCCCUGGGCGCAGCCCGAGUCGCUCCACCAUCCCUUCGUCGAGACAAAUCCUGGCCGUAUGUGACGAAUUACUGCGGCCCUGGGAAGAAGUUGAUGCACAUCACACGAAGUGUCAACUGCUCCGAAAUGAAGGUGGCCACAUGUUUAGCCAUGACACAGGGGUCGGUUGCUUGCGAUCCUCCAUCCUCACCGUGUGCAGCACCUAAGUGCACCUUGAUAUCCUGGCAUGCGUAAAUGAGAGUGGGAUCUCGAUCAGUUCGGAAGUUGGAGAGUAGCGAAACACUGAGCUGUGGAUGACGAUCCAGGUGCCUUUGCGCAUGGCCAUUGCUGAUAUCGUCAUCGUCACAGAUGAUGCGGCCACUGGGAGCCUGCCUCGUUGACUUCACGUCAGGAGAUUGAUGAGCGCUCUCAACUACGACUCCAUCAGAUGCGAUACACUGUUGCGCAAACAACGCCACCAACAGCCCGAUGCCACAGGCACUCCCAUCGGCGACCGGAGCAGAAAACCAGCGCGAAGGUGGUCAUACGUGGAUCGCUUCGUCACGAGAGCAAGGCCAGCUGCAACCGGCCUGCCUCUCAACGCCCCCAAGCUGAACCGUGAUGCUGUAAUUGUUUGCAGUGGUGGUAGUUUCCCCUCAGACUUGCACAUGCAGGUGGGAGGCCAUGAUGUGAUUUUUGCACUCCUCGAAAAUGUUACACGAGGAGGAGGAGUGAUACCCGAGACGAGCUCGAAAAUUACUCAAUGUGAACUCUGGAAUCUGGAACUCGGCUGUCCAUCUCGCCUGCAAGUACCGUGGCAGGCUUCUGGCGCAGGGCGCCAACUUUUCGCGAGCGUUCCGGGGACCAGUCUUCAGUCCCGUCCCAGUGUUGAGUUGGUAUUCAGCCAGGAGAGCACAAGGGAGUGCUGGCGCUCAGGAAGCGCAAUGCCGGCGUUCAGUGCACCAAGUCGGCGUGAUCCACCUGCCGCAUCUACCAUCUACCCUAAGUUUGGCUAAUUAUAGGUCAUCGUCAUCACGAAUCUUGAUCACCACCUCAGUUUCGCUGCUUUUGCUGACAGGGGCGGGUUGCCGAAAUCACCAAUUAUUUCAAUCGGUGUCUGACGCCGUUGACUUGGAACAUCGGCCCAAAAGUUUCUGAUUGUGGGUAUCUUAUUGUAGUAUCUCUCUCCCCUUCAUGUGGGGGUCCAUGUGGAUAAAUCACUGCACCAUUUGCAUGAAACGAUGUGCUUGGGAGUGGCUGUGCAUCUACACAUUUGUGCAUCUGGGAUCCAAUUUCGCCACACACAAAAUUAUUCCCCCUGAGCGUUACAAUCCACGGUGCUGUGAAUUUAUUUCUUUUCCCUCUAAAAUGUUACCAGGGUUCUCCACACCUGGUCAGUAACAGUGAUAACGAAUCAGGGCGUUACUUUCUGCUUUGGCACAAGUAAAAUGAGGUUUCAUUGGAGGGAAAAAGUACAUAAAUUUGUCUUAGUUAGGACUUGUAAGUCGCCGCCAAACAGACACUCAAGACUUGGACCUAAACUUGUAAUAUACAACUUAGGAGGGAUCUAAUAUAACCUGGGAUUUUA